AAUAGAUUAAUUUUCUUUGGAAAAAUAUUAAAUAAAAGAUACUUAAUGCAGUUGUAAAGUUUAUUUGUUGUGUUGCACAUGACAAUAAGGACAAAGACAGGUUUAAAAUAUAAUACAUAGGCAGCAUAACUACUUUGGAGAUAUGGAUGAUUUGGCGUUGCCAGAAGACCCUCGACCUACGGGGGAGGGAUCAUGGUGUCAUCCUGCUAAUAAAAUUCACAGAUUCUUUGCAUUAUUGCUGAUGUGUUUUCUCUGUUUUGGCUCAUAUUUCUGUUAUGAUACACCUGGAGCUCUUGGGGAUCAUUUUAAGUUUGAUUCUGGUUUGAACACUUCUCAAUUUGCAUUGCUGUAUUCUAUAUAUUCAUGGCCAAAUGUUGUGUUAUGUUUCAUUGGCGGUUAUCUUAUUGACAGAUGUUUCGGAGUAAGAUUAGGUGCAAUAAUAUACAUGUCAAUUGUAUUUAUUGGUGCAGUAGUUUUUGCUCUCGGAGUUUACAUCAAUGCAUUUUGGUUGAUGAUCAUGGGUAGAUUCAUAUUUGGCAUUGGUGGUGAAUCCCUCCAGGUAGCCGUCAAUAACUAUGUCGUCCUCUGGUUUAAGGGAAGAGAGCUUAAUAUGGUCUUUGGCCUUCAACUAUCAUUUUCAAGAUUUGGCAGCACUGUGAACUUUUGGGUUAUGCAGCCAGUUUAUGCAUGGGUGGGACAAUAUUAUGGAGGCUAUGAGAAACUUGGUGUCACUUUGUUCAUUGCUUCCCUUACAUGUUUGGGUUCACUCAUAUGCGGCUUAAUAUUGGGAUUCAUGGACCACAGGGCUGAGAGAAUCCUAGGCCGGCAAGAGGAACAAUCAAACAAUGAACCGUUCAGACUGAGUGACAUAUUACACUUUAAACUGGUGUUUUGGCUCCUCUGUGUGAUUUGUGUGGCAUAUUAUGUUGCCAUCUUCCCAUUCAUUGCAUUGGCCAAGGUGUUCUUCGAAAGAAAAUAUGACUUGUCUCCUCAAGACGCAAACACUGUUAAUUCAAUGGUGUACUUCAUAUCCGCUGGAUUGAGCCCAUUCUUCGGCAUACUGAUUGACAAAACCGGCAGGAAUGUAAUGUGGGUUACUCUGAGCAUCAUCACUACAGUUGCCUCACACUCCCUACUGGCGUUUACCUUCAUCAAUCCCUAUCUAGGAGUGGUAUGUCUUGGAAUUUCAUACUCAUUAUUAGCUAGUGGGCUGUGGCCACUGGUAGCCAUGAUAGUUCCAUCGCAUCAACUGGGUACAGCAUACGGAAUAUGUCAGGCAGUCCAGAACCUCGGCCUAGCGACCGUCAUUAUUCUGACUGGCAUGAUCGUGGACGCAUAUGGCUACCUCAUGUUGGAGAUGUUCUUCGUAGGCUGCCUAUUCAUUGCAUUAAUCGCUGCUGUGUUAAUAUACAUCGUGGACUCCGCCAACAACGGCGUGCUCAACAUGACCAUAGCGGAACGAGAGGCUUUGAAACCUGAGACAACCGAGAGCAACACGGAGGAGACAGCCAACCUGUUGGACAACGAGAGCUCGCAGGACGAGGGUGACUCCGCCCCCGCCACACACUCCGACCGCAUCCGCUCGCGGUACCUCGCGCAGAUACUGCCCGACCCCAACCAGUAGGACUAACUCUUACCGCCGCACUCAUUUGAUGAUAACUUAACGUUAAUGUGACAGACUGUAUAGAGCUCAUGUAUUUUUUAAAUUAAUCAUUAAAUGUUACUGAGUGCGGCUGUCAAGCUUGCUCGCGUUAUGUUAUCGGUGCAAUUGAUGUCGCCUAAGCCAGGAAAGUGGAAACGUCUGAGAACGCACUAGCCGUAACUACACUUCAGCGACGCAACAAACGGUCAAAUGUUAUUCGCAUGAAAUUGUAUAAGUUAAACCGCAGCAGCGCGCGGCAUUGCGGUUUGAAAAUUCUCGUGUACGACAAGCAAAGUUCUGACUAGUGAGGUUUCAAUCAAAACGGGCGCGAGCACAGAUGGCUCUUAACGCGAACGAAUAUAACCACCAACUGCGUGAAACUGGUGAAGACACCAGGUAAGCGACUAUUCUAUUGGUUAUGUAAUGAGGGGUAUACUAGCGAGGAUCUUUGAGUGUGUGUACCGACUACAUUCCCGCGCGGGGCGCCACUAGAUAUAACAUGACUGUAGACUGCAACUGUAUCUAAAAUUUUAUAAUCUGUGACGAUUCUUUAGUAAUAUGCACCGCCAUUUAUAAUUAUGUGAUUACAAUGUUAUUAUUAAAAACUUGGUCUAUUAAUAGUACCAAAACGAUUUGACGAUUUGUGGAAAUAGGUAACAGUUACUUAACAUUUUAUUGUGACACGCACAAAUCGUAAUAUUAUUAAUUAUUAUUGACGACGUUAUAAAAAAAUCAACUGAUGAAAAUGUAUAACUAAAUUAAUAAACUCUAAAUGGCUAUGCUCAAUACAGUUGAAGUGUACGGACUUCGCAGAGAAUAGUUUAAUAUGGUCAUUAUUUUUUACGUUCCUUGACAAAUUUUAUAAAUAAAUAU